AUGCACAUGGACCGCUCUGACGAGGUGGCUUUUCUGCGGGAGGAGGUCUCUCGUCUCAGGCAUCAGGUAGCCAUCCUGCAAGGGGACCUGUCGGGCGCUCAUCUGACAACAGAUGGGCUUCUCACUCGUGUCCUCGCCCUGGAGCAGUCGUCCAGCGGGCACACAGUCCGGUUGUCUGACAUGGAGGCCGACCUCGAGCUUUGCAACACUCGUUUGGCGGAGGUUCAGGAGUCAUUCCUUCAUCUGCACUUGUUUCACAGCAGUGCUUGCUUCUACUUUGAGACGUGCGCCUUGUGGAAUGUCCCUGUCUUCAUAUGCCGCACCUUGAGUGCUUCGCUCUGCCUAGUAGUCCGGUACGUCCGGUCAGGCAUCUUGUACAUGACGAUUCACCCAUGUGCGGAAGCACUUCGAGAGACGAAUCCAGUCUACCGUAGCGGCGUGGCCGAGAUCAAUCGACAGCUUCUGGCCGAAUGGUUUGGCAGCGAGGAGUCUCUUGUUCCACCUCCCGUUCUCGACUGUGUCGUGGCUGUUCCUGUCGGCGACGCUGGGCCAGGUACUGUUCGGCAGACUGGACCCGCUGAUGCGACUGAAGCAGGUGAGCAGGCCAGACAGGAGACGUCCAUCAGUCAGGACUUGUCGGAGACAUGUGUUCUGGCCAUGGAGCCGCAAGUUGAGGACUUCAACUCUCACGGCCGGGAAGUUUCCAUGAUGUUGGUCGGCAUGUUGCAGAAGCUGGAGGAGCUGGAGCAUGCUGGCGCUCGGUCUGUAGGGCUGGAGAUGGAAUCGAUGGUGGACGAGCAGCGGACGCUGGUGGAUCACCUGGGGCGCAAAAACAUUCUGGAGCUGUGCCGGCAGAUUCAUGAGUCUUGCAGGCAACUGUCUGCUGCGGAGCAGCAACGUCGCCUCGAGCAGGAAUUGCGAGAUGCUGUUAUGGGCAAGUCCAGAUGGCUGCGUGCUCCAGAGGACAACGGACAGGCUUCGCGUCUGCUGGUAGCCCGUGGCAAGCGGCCUUUGAGUUUAUGGGACUGGAAGAUCUGGACCAUGGCCAAGCCGAGGCUAUGGCGUUAUGGCGAUGCUGGAAAUCUCUUUGAGCGCGACACAAACUUGUCUACCUCCGAGUGGGCUGCCUGCCUGCUGUUGAGAGAAGAGCUGGACUAUGCCGUCGACGGCGAGCAGGGUGACAGCCAGGAGGCAGGGCGACACGGAAUGGGGAGCGGGCGCGUGUGGAAUCGCUUUUCUGGAGAUUGGACGGCGUUGCAUAUGAUGGCCACCGUUGCUCGUCUGACCGAUCAACGUGCCGCCGCUUACAAUUUCCUGAAGAAUGGUGGAAUGGCGUUUGCGAAGAAGCUGGAGAAGUUGAGUGCCGAGGAUCUGGCCAACGCUGCGCAUGUUGCUCCGGAAGCUGGCGGUGUGGAGCAGUUCUUCAAAGAAGCUGCAGUGCCGCAGACAGUGAAGGAUGCCUUGCAUGCCAUGAACUCGGCCUCUGCCACCGUGGUGGGCACGGACGGUCAUCGUCGGCAGUGUCGACACGAAGGCGUGGCCCACAGGGAAAGCUUCGGGCCUCCGCUUCUUUUCUUGACUCCGAAUCCAGCCGACACUCAGCGCCCGCUGCAGAAUUAUUUCGGCGGGUACAGUGCUUGGAUGUCGGCUGUGCAGGUACAGAUGAUCUCCCCUCAUGGGCGGAAAGCAGCCUUGCACCGCCGACACUCGCUGUAUCUGCCGACCCGGAUUGGGAAGGAGAUCAAGGGCUUGCUCAGGAGACGCACUCGGCGACUAGCGUCGCCCCUUAAUUUAACAAAGAUCGGCAGCUACAGUGGUUCUGCUGCGGCCUGCGGUCGCGCCUGA